UGUUUCUUUCUUUUGAUCUUACUGUGCACCUCACUGUUAUCUUCAUGGUCAACAGAAUCCAAAGGACCACUGCUAGACUUUGAAAAAUCAGGGACAGAUAUAGAGGUCUUCAAAGCCUCUUACGACAGAGACGCUUACGAUUCCCUUUCCGUGUACAGCAUCCUUGAAUAGACCACACAAAUAUCCUUAAGCCAAAAUCCCUCCUUGGUAUUUAAUUCUAAAUGAGUAAUUACUGGGUGUGUCAGUGUGUCUUAGGUUUGCAGGUGUGCUGUGUGCAGGAGCUCAUUUGCACGCUGACUUUGGGAGAGAAGUGCACUCUCGCAUAGACGCACAAACUCCAAGUGGGCAUCCUUGGGAAGCCACUGAAGAAGCCAGUCACGUAGGGGGACAGAACACAUAGAACCGCCAAGAUGUGUGACAUGGGGGGCUUGGAUAACCUGGUGGCCAACACGGCCUACCUGAAAGCACAAGGAGGGGAUGACAAGGAGAUGAAAAAGCGCCGCCGGAGCUUGUCUCUGCCCAAGCCGGAGCAGUGUGCUGCCGUCAGAGGAGCCAUCGACAAGGACUUUACAUUCAUUUGUGAAAGGCAGCCUAUAGGGAAAAGGCUUUUCCGUGAUUUUCUGUCUAGUACCCCUGAGUUCAAACUUGCUGCAGAGUUCCUGGAUGAGCUGUAUGACUGGGACCUCGCUGAAGGUGCAACCAAAGAGAAGGCUCGGCAAGAAAUUAUGACAAAGUACUGCAAAGCUGACUCCAAAUCCUUCCUGACCUUUCUUACCGGGGAGCCUGCGGAAAAAUGCAAGUCUGUUACAGAUGCCAACUUUGAAGAGGUGAUGAAAACCCAGGUCCAGGAGGGUGUAAGAGAAUUUCUGAAAGGCAAGCCUUUUACAGAAUACCAGGCCAGCCAAUUCUUUGACAAAUUCCUUCAGUGGAAGGAGUACGAAAAGCAGCCCAUCAGUGACAAAUACUUUUACGAAUUCAGGACUCUGGGAAAAGGGGGCUUUGGUGAGGUAUGUGCUGUUCAGGUCAAGAACACGGGUCAGAUGUACGCCUGCAAGAAGUUGUGUAAAAAGCGUCUGAAAAAGAAGGGUGGUGAAAAAAUGGCCCUUUUAGAAAAGCAGAUCUUGGAGAAGGUCAACAGUCUGUUUCUGGUCAACUUGGCCUAUGCAUAUGACACCAAGACUCACCUGUGCCUUGUCAUGACCCUGAUGAAUGGAGGAGACCUCAAGUACCACAUUUACAAUAUAGGAUACGAUGGCAAAGGUGUGGACAAGGGCAUAGAGAUGAAACGCAUCAUUCACUACACUGCACAAAUCACCACUGGCAUCCUGCACCUCCACGCCAUGGAUAUUGUAUACCGUGACAUGAAGCCUGAGAAUGUUCUGCUGGACAGUCAAGGCCAGUGUCGACUUUCAGAUUUGGGUCUGGCAAUAGAGGUCGUUCCCGGAAAAACUGUCACCCAGAUGGCUGGUACAGGAGCCUACAUGGCCCCUGAACUCCUGAACAAAACACCAUAUCGGACAUCAGUGGACUGGUGGGCCCUGGGCUGCAGUAUCUAUGAGAUGGUGGCAGGCUACACACCUUUCAAAGGCCCUGAGAGCAAAAAGGAGAAAGUGGAGAAGGAGGAGGUCCAACGACGCAUUCUCAAUGAGGAGCCAAAGUGGGAGCACAAGUGCUUUGAUGCUGCCACUAAGGACAUCAUCCAGCAGUUCCUCAAGAAGAAGAUAGAUGAGCGCCUGGGCAUAAGGAACAACAUGGAGGAUCCGAGGAAGCACGAGUGGUUCAAGACAAUCAACUUCCCUCGCCUGGAGGCAGGGCUCGUGGACCCUCCCUGGGUGCCCAAACCCAACGUCGUCUACGCCAAGGAUACAGGCGACAUCGCAGAGUUCUCCGAGAUCAAAGGCAUUGAGUUCGAUGCCAAGGAUGAUAAAUUUUUCAAGGAGUUCAAUACGGGCGCAGUGCCCAUUCCCUGGCAGCAGGAGAUGAUCGACACCGGACUGUACGACGAACUCAGUGAUCCCAACAGGAAGGAGGGCGCAGGAGGUCUAGAUGAUGACAAGAAGUCCGGCACGUGUGCGCUCCUCUGAGCGGGCUCACGUUAGGCUUCUGACACCUCAGUAAUUUGCUUUCUCAUGGACCAUAGCAUCGGUGUAAAAAGUGGAUCAUGUUUCAUGAGGGGUAAGGAUUGGCAUCUUUGCAGAGAGAAAGAGCUUGUAAGGAUGCUGAUGGCUUAGAGGUGGGCUGCUCCUGAAACAGAGCUCACAAAAGCAUGAACAAUGACAUGAUGAUGUAUUUUACACAUCAUUCCUGGUCCACAGCUUCUCUUAAAGACAUGCGUAUUAAAUUCUGUAGACUUGCAACUACAUUGACCAAGAGUGACUGCUAGCAGUAAGUUGUUUUUUUUUAUCCACACAAGUGUUUGCAGUGAAACCGCAAAAGUAAACUGGUGUUUGCACGGGAAUACACUUGGAAACUGUUGUUACAUGUACAACUGUAAAGAUAGAAAUGUAAAGUGUCUUCUAGUCUUUGAAAUCCAUCAGUCCUGCUGGAUUGUGGAAUAUCUGCGUUUAUUUACGCUUCCAUAACACCAGGGGGUUUCUACAGUCAGGAGUGGGGUUUUCUUCCACCACCGCAUUCCACAAAGAUAUUUGUAGUAUUCUUUUUUCGAUAUUAUUUUAGACCACGUAGUUACAGCGAAACACAGCAUUUACAUCCGUCUGACUUCUUAGUUUUAUACAAACUAUAAAACGCGACUGUAUGUGUUGUACAUAGAGUUGUGCAAGUAUCUAUGCACAGAAAAAGGAAGCUUUAUGUAAGUAAUUUCAAGUUUAGAAUGAUUUUAGAGAAAUUAAAUAAUACCAAACGCCUCCCCGCUCUGAGUCGCUCCUGUGUUGGUGCUGCAACGUUUGACAUAAGGACGGAGAGUGAAGCCCAGGGAUGUUUUGGGACAGAAGAGUGCACAACUAGCAGAUCAUUUCUGCGUAUGAUGGAGGACAAUUUAGAGGAGUUGGGCAAUAAAUUCCUGUACCAGGAGUUCCCUGUCCAUGGCCCUGAAGCUCUGUGAUCAUUCAGGGCUGUUUUUAUUAGUCUAAUGAUUGUAAAAAAAGAAAAAACUCAAGCUAGUUAGAUAUCGUAAAUUAUUGUAUAGUUUAUGUUGAGCUGAGUCUAGAGACUUUGAAUAGGCCAGUUGUUCUUGUUGAUUGUCUCAGGGUCUUUAUUUGUUUUAAACGGGCAGAUCUCAGGCAGAGUUGAGUUUUUACCAUUUAUGUGAAUAUAAUUCAAAUGUGCAAUCAUGUUCCUGUACAUAUGAAUGAAAGAAAAUGAAGUAAUGCGCUGUGUAAAUCUGAAAAAAACAAACAAACAAACAAAAACCUUUACGUUUGAAUCAGCUGGAGGAAAUUAAAUAUGUCUUUUGAAAUCCGUG